CGACGUGGGACCUGAACUCACCAACCGCGAGAUCAUGACCUGAGCCGUUGUUAGACGCUCAGCCAACUGAGCCACCCAGGUGCCCCUCAGAGGCUAGUUUCUUAACCUACACUGGAUGUGGGCUGGGUGAAUGGCCCAAGGAAGCUGGGGAGAGGGAGGUCGUUUAUGUGCUGUUUGCCUGCUGGUGACGAAAAUGAUGGUGACAAGCAACUGUAGCCUCCUCUUUUCCUGCCUGUGAAGUCACCAAGGAAUAAGUUACAUUAAUCACAGCACAGGACAUAUCAGUCAUCUUACUUGAUUUUCAUAACUGUCCUUUUAAGAUUGGUAGGAGAGGCAUUCAUAGUCUCCUGAACUGCCGUCUCAUGGGACCUCAGCCAACUCGUUUCCUUAAGCCACUGUUGGCCACAACAUCCGUGAUUAUAUUCAACCUUUUCCACUCUUGCAUAAGUGAAAAGUGAUACACCUGGGCUGAGAUGGGAAGAGCGAUGUCAGGAUUUCCAUGUCCCUUUCCUUCUUUCCAGUGAGUGCUGGUAUUAGGGUUCUCCAGAGAAACACACCAAUAGGAUAUACGUAGAUACCGAUAUAGAUGGAUUUAUUGUGCCUUCGGGGCCUGCUUGGGCGCGAUCGUAUAUGCCCCACUUCCGUCGGAUGAUGGAGUGCUGCUAGCGUGUCCAGCUCCGUUCCUGCUGGGUCGGCUGACACGCAGCUCGUGGCGGGCAGCUCAGGUCUCCUGGUAACUUGGUGGCCCACGGGUAAGCAUUUAGUCUCUCCUAAGGCCCGGUAGGAAGGCAAGAGCUGUGUGUCACGAGGGGAGUGGUUAUCUGUGGAGGAGGGCAAGGCUUUGCUCCAGAGUCCCAAGGGUCUGCGCGAAGAUUCAUCUGUGGGCCCUGCCAAAGGCUCCAGAUGACAUCCUUGUCUUCUGACAUUUCAGACACCUUUACAUCUGCCGGAUCAUGUGGCCCAGCAGCAGGCAGCCCGCACGGCAGCCUGGAGCUGGUGGAGAGCCUUCUCUUGUCCUGGCCCCCACUCAAAACUUGCAGCUUUUUGGUUCACGAGGUAAAUGGGCCAGAGUAUGACACCCAAGCGAGGAACACGUUGCCUCCAAAAGGCAAAGAGGGGAGGCCCGCUAGGCGUCGCGUCUCUGGUUUGGUUGUAGGGGAGCCAAAUACAACGGUUUAGCUUUCACCUCAGAAGGGAUAGCUCUACAUGGCGCACGUGUAUCUUGACCAGAUUUCUUUCCGUUCUCCCACGUGCGAGUGUCUUACCAGGAAGUUUACAGUACUCGCUGCUUCUUGCUCACGGCGGCUUGUGGGAGGGAGAGGUGACCAAGGUCCGUGCGAACCAAAUUAGGAUGUAGGGCCGGAGAUUUGACACUCCUUUGAGGGAGGACCAUGAAGGUGUAUUGCUGGCCUGGCUUCUGGUGGGCCUCGCUCUCGGCGAUGAAGAAAAUGGCGUUUGCCGGAUCAGCAGCUGCCUCAGGUCCCAGAGGAUGUGUGAAUUUGCUCAAGCAAUGAAACCCUGCCUGCAACAGCCGCUGCGGUUCGAACCACACCCGGUGAUGCUUAAUGGCGAUCUGCUGUCCUCUCCAAGACCCACCCACCUUCUGCCCAGGCCAGAUAGGGCCCAAAGUGAUCCAGACUUCCGCAGCUAAUUUUUCACUAAGUAAUAGUAAAAAGCUGAAGCCAAUUCAAAUACUUUCAAAUCCACUGUCUACAUAUAAUCAGCAACUGUGGCUGACAUGUGUUGUUGAGUUGGAUCAAUCAAAAGAAACAUCUAUUCAGACAAGCUUUCUCAUGACUGUUAAAGUUGAUGGUGUAGCUCAAGAUGGAACCACCAUGUUCAUUCAUAACAAAGUUCACAAUCGGACAAGGACCCUCACCUGUGCGGGGAAGUGUGCAGAAAUUAUUGUGGCUCACCUCGGCUACUUGAAUUACACUCAGUAUACCGUGACUGUGGGAUUCGAACACCUGAAGCUAGCCAUCAAGGAAAUGAACUUUACAUGGAAGACUUAUGACCCUGCAUUUUCCCAAUUGGAAAUUUGGUUCCGAUUCGUCUUUGUGGUGCUUACCUUCAUUGUCACUUGCCUGUUUGCCCAUUCCCUCCGGAAGUUUUCCAUGAGAGACUGGGGGAUGGAGCAGAAGUGGAUGUCCAUUCUUUUGCCUCUGCUGCUGCUUUACAAUGAUCCGUUCUUCCCCCUCUCCUUUCUGGUGAACAGCUGGUUUCCAGGCAUGCUGGACGAUCUCUUUCAGUCUGUGUUCCUGUGUGCCUUGCUGCUCUUCUGGCUGUGCGUGUACCAUGGGAUACGGGUUCAGGGAGAAAGGAAGUGUUUGACUUUCUAUUUACCUAAAUUCUUCAUUGUUGGACUGUUGUGGUUGGCUUCUGUUACACUAGGAAUAUGGCAGACAGUUAAUGAAUUACACGAUCCAAUGUACCAAUAUCGAGUUGACACAGGAAAUUUUCAGGGAAUGAAAAUUUUCUUCAUGGUGGUGGCAGCUGUGUAUAUUUUAUACCUUUUGUUCUUGAUAGUGCGGGCCUGUUCUGAGCUACGUCACAUGCCUUAUGUAGAUCUCAGGUUAAAAUUUUUGACUGCACUGACUUUUGUAGUACUUGUCAUUAGCAUCGUCAUCCUUUAUUUAAGGUUUGGAGCGCAAGUAUUACAAGACAAUUUUGUAGCUGAACUGUCAACUCACUACCAGAAUUCAGCUGAAUUCUUAUCUUUCUAUGGCUUGUUGAACUUUUACCUCUACACUUUGGCCUUCGUGUAUUCUCCAUCGAAGAACGCCCUGUACGAGUCCCAGCUGAAAGACAACCCUGCAUUCUCCAUGCUGAAUGACUCCGACGAUGAUGUGAUCUAUGGAUGGAGUGGCAUUCCUUUUUUUGAACACUUACCACGAGUGGUGACCACAGGAGGAACAGUUCGUUCUGGCCUUGAGCCCUGGUGCUUGAUUGGGGGGGGGGGGGGGGGGGUGGUGAGGAGCAGGUGGGGGCAGUUGGCUAUAGAAAUGGGGAGCACAGAGCUAUGAAUGUGUUCUUGCUAGAAUGGUAUGUCAGUGUGGAAGAGGAGAAUAAAUGAGGAGCUGUCAAAAGCCGAGUGGCUUCAAAGGUCUCUUUUGUGACAGGAGUGACUAUGAAGAGAUGCCUCUGCAGAACGGCCAGGCCAUCCGGGCGCAGUACAAGGAGGGGUCUGAGAGUGACUGAGCCUCGGGCUGUCCUGCAGCACCGCUUCCUGGCCCUCCGUGCUCCUGCUGGUGUUCAGGCUUGUGUCCUGAGCAGAGAUUUCCCGGUCCUUACUUGUUUACGUAUUUUUGAAAGGAAAACCAAAACCAAGGGUAAAUUUAAACAUUGGGCCAAAUUUAUUGUUAGAGUGGCUACAUUUGUUUGGGAAGAGAGGUGCUGAUGAAAAAUGUAAACAGGCAAAUCCUUUUUCAAGGGUUUCAGAUGAGAAAGGGUUUGUUUUUUUUUUUAAAUUUUUUUUUUUUCAACGUUUUAUUUAUUUUGGGGACAGAGAGAGACAGAGCAUGAACGGGG